AUGACAGAGAAAGAAGAUGCUACCAAUAAACCCGAAAAAGAACCAUUAGAUGACGAAGCCUUAGAAAAAUUAGCUGUAGAAGAACUAUUACGAGAAGCAGUCCAAGGCGCUGCCAGAGCUGAAAUAGUCGGUCCCUCUGGUUGGAUCAAGGCUCCUCAACAAAAAACAAACAAGCGUUUCUUAGUGAAUACACUACGCAAUGCUAACCAUCAAUUAAGAAAGACAGAUCUAAAAGAAAAAAUUAAAAUGGAACAAAACGAUGUAAACAAGUUAAUAAAUGAUAUUUUUGGCAACAAUGAGGCAAACUGGAAACCUUCAGACAAAAUUCCUUUAAUAACCAAAGAAAUUGAACAACUUAAAGUUGAUUUGAAAACAUAUUUCAACAACACUGAUUUUGAUAUACCAGCAAUAUUAGAGGAAAGUACACAGCUAUGUAAAGAAAGUAAUUUGCUUGUCGAAGACAUCAAAAAAUGUGCUCAAGAAAUUGAGCAACAGACCAUGGCUGAAAUAGUAAGGUCUAUUGAGAGCCGUGACCAAUUAACUAAAGAACUGCAACAAAUUAAUUUUGCCAUGAAUAUAGUCUACGAUGUAGUGCAAUGCGGGAAAUACGUUAAAGAUUUUGAAGAUGGAAGAACUGCUCAAAGCUUCACAAGAGCCAUAGAAGCUGUGUAUGACCUCUUACAAUAUUUAGAACUGCCUGCUGAGGGUUUUGGGGAGUUAGAAGUGUAUACAAACACUAAAAACAAUGCACAAUUAAUAUGGGAUAAUUUAAUCCAUGAUUUAUAUACUGAGUGGACACAUAUGGUUUCUUGGAAUGUAGAAGCUAAGCCCCGCAAAACAGUAGUAACUAUAACCUUAAAUAUAGAAGAUUCAAUUGUAGCAGUAGAUAUCUUGAACGCACUUGAUAAAAGUAAGAAAUUGCCUGAAAAGGUGCAGGAGUUUUCUCAGUUCUUAUUGAAUGAUGUGUUAGUUCCUAUUAUACACCAUGAAUGCACUCUGUGUGAACAAACAACAAGGCUCAUGACUAUUACAAUAAUGCCGAAGCCAAAUUACAAGCCACCGUAUCAAACUGUCAAAGGUAAUUUAAGAUUACUAUUCCAAUAUCUUCUCGUCAAGCUGCAUGUUAAGUUUAAGAAUGAUACAAAUAUUAUGCAGAUGGUUGGCCACAAUAUCAGUUCUGAAUUCAGUGCUAUCUUGGAGAGAGAUUGUCUCAUUGAUACUAUACCGAACAAUAUAAAUGAACUCCAGAAUUAUGGUAGAAUAACCUCUGAAAUAGAAGAUUUUCAGAGAUUUUUAGUUAUACUCAAGUUCUUCAGAGAAGACCACUCUAUUUUAAAAUAUAUAAGAAAUAUUGAUGUUUUAUUUGCUAAUAAGUCUACCCAGUAUUUUUUGGAGACUGCAAGGAGUAUAAUGCUAAAGGAUUUGAGCAUCACAAUGUCAAUUGGUGUUGAAAGUAUUUCUGAUAAAAAAGUCUCUACAAAAGAAUCCGAAGAAGAAUCAGAAGCUUUGAAUAUUCUUAAUGAAACAAUUCCAAAGAGUUUGUUCUACUUUCCGAGAUGUAUGAUUUCAAAGACUGCCCAGGAGUUGUUGGAUUUAGUGUAUGUAAUGAUGGAGCAGGCUGUGCAGUGUUCUGACGUAGUGUGUAAGAAAUUGUACAAUACAACUAGACUCGUCUUCGAGUUGUAUGAUGCUGUAGUUCCUUACCAUCAUGAGAACUAUUUGCAGACAAUUCCACAAUAUGUAGCACUAUUUCACAACAACUGUAUGUAUAUUGCACACAACCUUCUAACAUUUGGAGAUAAGUGGGCAACUCUUAUGGAGGGACGAGAGCUUGAUUACCCCAUAAGCUUCGUGGACCUGGUGCAGAAGAUGCGUGACCUUGGAUACAAACACUUGACUAUCCAUAUGCAGCAGCAGCGGAAGCAGAUUCUUGAUAAUAUUAGGUCUUCAGACCUUAAUUGCAUAGUAGUGAAGGACGUUUUGAGCGACAACGCAGAGGCAGCUGUACGACAAUGCCUAAGGCAACUACAUUUAUUGAAGAACGUUUGGAUUGGCGUAUUCCCGAACAACGUGUUCACGAGGUUGAUGGCAACUCUGGUAGACAUGUUUGUAGAAGAGUUAAUUCAUCGCGUUUGUACGGUGGAGGAUAUAUCCAUGGAGAUGGCAACACAGCUCACUGAGAUGUACACUAUUGUUGUACAGAAAGCUCCGCAUUUAUUCCAAUCUCCCAAGGAUAUAGAACAACACGUCAAAUCCUGGAUUAAGCUCCAGGAAUUGAUCUUCGUGCUCGGCGGGUCUUUGAAGGACAUUGAGAACCAUUGGAAAGAUGGCACCGGUCCACUUGCGAUCCAUUUCAGAACUGAAGAAAUACGCAGUCUUAUCAAAGCUCUGUUCCAGAACACGCAAAUGCGCGCCAAUUUGCUUUCUAAAAUAAAAUAA